GGCGAUAUUAACAAGGGUGCUGGACACAAGAUAAAUCUGAAAGUAUUCGUAGGGGCUAAUAAAAGCAGCAUGCGGAAAUGAUCGUUUCGCCGCAUCCGUACGCGCAGACGUAGCCCGGAACAUCAAAUCGACCCCGGGCCUCCAUUAUAUAGAGCUCGAGUAUCGGCCGGAAGAGAUAAGCAGCUUGACAUACGAUCGUCCGGAAUUGUUUUUUUCCGAUGUUUGCAAAUGGGCGAAUGGGGCUUUUAACAGUGGCCCGUUGAAAUUCGGGCAUUUGCUUAACCUGUUUGCGCUGUUUUUGAUAACAAGUGAUUUUCGCAACCCAAUCAUCGUCUGGACGAAAUUUAGGGAUUCGCUUUGCUAUAACCUUCGCCGCUUCUACACCGAGGAAAAGGCCAUCAGCAUCAACAAUUACAUUUUCGACCUUGGUUUGUUCCGCCUCCACCAAGAAAUUGAGGACCAUGGCAUGACAUUUGUGGACACCGGGCUACCGACAGCUUGGCAAAAACAUUUCCAACCGGAAGUAUUAACAUAUGAACUGGAAGCGUUUCCGGAUGAAAGUAAACUUAGGCGGAAGCAGCGCGAAAUAUUCAACCAAUUUGUUUCGAAUUAUUCCGAAAACGUCCCGAUCUCGUGGAUUAUACGUGGUCAUAGUGGCACCGGGAAAACUUUCCUGCUUAGAGCCAUGGCGAAAUUUUGCAACGCAAACGGGGGCGUCGCCUUGUGUGUCGCCUCCUCUGGGGUUGCAGCUUUACAAUUCCCCGGCGGACGGGCUGCGCAUUCCGUUUUCCGCAUCCCUUUAUCAGUUAGCAAAACAUCCGUUUGCUUAUUGGAAGGAGACUGCAAAGUGGUUCGACUGCUCAAGAAAAAGGUAGUGAUUAUCUGGGAUGAAAUACAAAUGCAAAAUAGAUUUUGCAUAGAGGCUGUCGACCGUGCCAUGCGGCGCAUCCGUAAAAACAAUAGGCUUUUCGGAGGGGCUCCUAUUGUGUUUGGCGGAGAUUUUCUCAUGACAUUACCAGAGGUAGAUCAGGCCGCGUCGGUUGGCUUGGAGUGGGAUGAGGUCGGCGAGCCCCCCGCCCAUGCCAGCUUAGAAGAAUCGUAUAUCUGGGACAAGUUGGACGAGCAUCUCCUGGAAAAAAACCAAAGAUUGGUCGCCGAUGAAAAAAACCGUCGUUUUAUUUCUUGGUGGAACGAUAACCUUUUGCGAAACGUCGGUUCUUCAGCUUCCCUCCCAAGCGAUGUUAAUAUCUCCGACAAUCUAGAGUCAUUUGUCAAAAAGGUUUAUUCAGAAGAUGUUCUGAACGGCAGAGCGGAGCAUGACGCUUUUGCCGACCAUUGUAUCCUAUCGACCACUGAAGAAAGCGCUGCGGCCAUUAACUUGACUGCACUCAAGUUACAAAUAGAAAACCAGCACAGUUUUUCUUUUCGAGCAUUUGACGUACCAGAAGACGAA